AUGGAAGUUCUUCUUGAAGUGGUCACAAGCACUCAAGAAUCUUUAUUAAAAGAUUUUUCUGCUUUGUUUCGAUCCAAUGUCAACAUUGAUGCAGAAAUCAAAAUGAACUACGACGCAAGCGUUAAUUGUUCUCGAAAUCUCAUUAAUCGUUUGAUGAUAUGUAUCAGCGAAGCAUCCACACUGUCUCCACCAGAAAAAGACGCACGUUCUCAAGAAGAUUUAUUUUCAUUUUCGCAAUCAUCAGAAUGUUCUCAAUCAUCACAAGCAGAACAUUUAUGUACAUCAAAAUUCAGUGCAAAUGCUCACUCACCUGUUGAAAUCGAAUCACACAUGAUGUCCGAGNACGAACUUUAUUACUUCUCAUUACUCAGAGAAGUUUCUCAUCAAAAUAAGGCGAUAUUGAUAAGAAUUAAGUAUAAAGAAGCUUCUUCAAGUUCACAAAAAUGUGAGCCUGUUCCAGGAUGUACAGACAAUGGCGUAUUCUAUCCUAUCGGGGCCUCUGUACCGCAAAAAAAUCCUUGUAAAACCUGUUUUUGUUCUGAAAAUGGAUUGGAGUGUGCAGAUUCUUGUUUUGUUGGAUUCCCUACGCAGCAAGGAUGUGAUAUUUAUGACGAAAUCUAUGAACUUGGUCAAGAUAUUCCUGUUGAUGAUCCAUGCCUUUCUUGUGAAUGUGCUCUAUUUAACGGCCGUCCAGAAUCAAUGUGUUCGUGGGAAGAAUGCGGUAAUGACGUAAGACAAGGAUGUGUCACUGAAAUUCCGCCUGGUCGAUGCUGUCCUGAAAUCAUAUAUUGUGGUUGUAGGGUUGGUGGCACAGAUUAUGAAUUUUACGCCGACGUUCCUAGUAAUGAUCCAUGUAAAUCUUGUUACUGUGAUGAAUAUGGAGAAGUGUCUUGUAAGACGAAUUGUUGUGAGGGUAUCUAUAAACUUGGUGAAAAAGUUCCUGUUGAUAAUUAUCCAUGUCUUUCUUGUGAAUGUACUGAAUUUAACGGCCGUCCAGAAAUAAUGUGUGAUCAAGCAGAAUUAGAAUGUACAUAG